AGGGACAGUCGGGGCGGUGGGAGCGGCGCGGGGCGGGGACUUUCGUGCUCCGGCUGUCGCAGGCCUUCGAGAGGGCUGAGAAGUCGUGUUCCCAGCGGCAGGGAGGGGAUCCCCGGGCGCCCCCGGGGCAGGCGGGACGGCUCCCUCCGCGCGCCCCUCGCCGCGCCCCGGGCCCGGGCAGCGCUGCAGUGGGCAGUGAGCCCGCUCCCGCAUGAAGGGCUUGGGGCCUUUAACCAUGAAGCACAAGGAUGUGAUAGUAUUGAUCGCCUUCAUUCAUUUAAUGUUUGGAGUCUCUCUGUUUUUCUCUUCACCUAAAGAAAAUCUCCAGGAAUAUUCUGUGCCAUAAUGGAAAUACUGGAAUAAUCAGCCUAAUAAGGUGAUUUCUCCAAAGGAAAUAGCACUCAAAUAUAUCGGUUCUUCUACAUGUAUUAUGAGAAGCUUAAGUGAAAAUGGAACAUGUUAGAAGACAUGAAACAAGGAAAAAUUCUAAAUCUCAAGAUCAUGGGCAGAAAUCUCGAGUUGAUUGGAGGCGGACUAAAAGAAAUAGUAUCUCACAAUUAUUUGAUAGUGAUGAAGAGCUGGAUAGUGAUGAGGAGCUGGAUAGUGAUGAGGAGCUGGAUAGUGAUGAAGAGCUGAAUAGUGAGGAGGAGUUGGAUAGCAAUGAGAAUCUGGAUAGUGUUGAAAGUGUUGACAAUGAUGAAGAGCUUGAGAGUAACAAGGGGCUGGGUAGGAAUAAAAAGCCAGAAAAUGAAAGUGAGUUUAAAUUAACUCAAACUGACAGUGAAGGAAACAAAUGUGACCAUCUCAUUAAUGCUGGCAAAAGUUUAGCAUGUGAAGAAGAAAAGAACAAAACCAAACAUAGAAGUAUUGACUUACCAGAUCAUGAAAAGCAUUCAAGUGAAGAAGAGGAGCAUCCCCACGAACACACUGGACAAAUAAUAGAGGAGGAUUUAGAAGAAGAACACAUCAGGCGAGGGAAGAGAAAAAGGAUCUCCUCUGUGAUGUAUGACAGUGAUGAGAGUGAUGACAGUGAUAUUCUAGUUAAGAAAGUAGGUCUUAAACGUCCACGUAGAGUGGUUGAAGAUGAGUCUUCUUCAGUGGAGAUGGAGCAAAAAAAAAAUGAAAAAGCUUUAGCUGCAAAAAAGCAAGAACAAUUCCAGAAACUGAAAGAACUUUCAAAACUAAGAUCUCGCCGGAGACGCAAUAGUAGUAGAGACUUUGAGGACUCUGGAAAGGAAUCUUGCCCAAGCAGUGAUGAAAGUGAGAAGGAGGAGGAGGAGGAUGAAGAUGAUGAAGAUGGAGAUGAUUAUAUUAUUGAUGACUUUGUAGUACAAGAUGAGGAGGGUGAUGAAGAGAAUAAAAGCCGGCAAGGAGAAAAAUUGACUAUAUCACAACUGAAAUUAGUAAAAAAGAAUUCUCUUUAUUCUUUUAGUGACCACUAUACUCACUUUGAAAGAGUUGUGAAGGCUCUUCUCAUCAAUGCUUUAGAUGAUUCUUUUCUGGGAACAUUGUAUGAUGGUGCCAGGCAAAAAUCUUACGCACAAGAUAUGUUGACAUCUCUUCAUUAUUUAGAUGACCGCUUUAUUCAGCCUCGUCUAGAGAGUUUAGCCUCUAGAAGUCGUUGGAAAGAGCAGUAUAAGGAGCGGGUAGGAAAUUAUUCUAAUGUAAAUAUCCAUUUGAAGAAUCCUGAAAACUGUUCUUGUCAGGCUUGUGGAAUGUACCGCCACUGUAGAUAUUCAGUGCAUUUAUCAGGAAAGUUGUAUAAUACCAGGACCAUGGAAACAGAUGAUUUCAUGUCACAUGAUAAACAGGUGUUUACUGUUGGCAGAAUUUGUGCUAAUCGUACCAGAAUUUAUCAUAAACUGAAACAUUUUAAAUUCAAGCUCUACCAAGAAUGUUGUUCCAUUGCAAAGACAGAAGAAGUUGAGAAUGAACAGGUUAAAGAAACAGUGGAAAGAAUUUUCAGUCAGUCAAAAGAAAGUGGCUGGAUUAAGGAGAAAUAUGGUCAACUUCAAGAAUAUCUCAAUUUUGCGGAUUACUUUCAAGAUGAGAAGUUUGACUGAAUAGUAACACAUUUCCUUCAGAGAAGAUUUUAUAAAUUCUUGUAAAUGUGAAGAUCAUGAGUCUUGUUUCUCUGUAUCAUGUGACAUUUAUAUAUUUUUAUGUAUAUCUUCAUGGCAAAAUAUCGUGUUUAAAACAUAUGUUCAUCUUAAUGUCCAUGAAAUGCACUCUCCUGUCUAAUAAAGCUUUUAUCUACUAUGUAUAGAAAACAUAAGCUUAAUAAUAUUAGAAAUUUUUGAAUUUUAGAAUUUAAGUUUUUAAAUUUUAGAAUUUAAGAAAAUGUAGUUAUGUAACAAUGCCUUUAUAACAGAUGACUAUCAAGUGAAUAAGCUAUUCAUGUCCUGUCAGUUAAGUAGAAAAAUACUGUAUUUUAAAAAUAUAUUUAAACUAACA